GGCGUGGGGGUGAUAUCGGGAGGUUUAGGUUUCCCUGCUGGGAAGGAAGGAGUUAAGUGUCUCUGCACCUCAGCAGGGCUUCAGGUUUCUUUGGUCCAGGUUCCUCCUGGAAGGGGUGGAGCCAGGCUGGCCCCUGGGCCUCUCGGUAGCCUCAGGCUUGUAGGGCUGAGGAAGCCCGGGGUGCGGGCUGAGAAAGAGACUCUGACUGGACAUCCUCCCCUGACUGUCCUGGAGUCCACAGCCAUGGCCCUGUCCCCACCUCUUGGCCAUGGGUUCCCCUCGGAGCCCCUCAACCAUCCCCUGGGUGCUCUCAAGGAGCGAGACGUUGCCGGACGCGCCGUCUGUCCUGCGCCCACAGACGGCGCAAGCAGGUCAGAGCAGGCCCGGGCCUCCUUGGGCCUUCCUGAACAUGUCACGGGUGAACUGAAGGACCCUGAGCCUGCCACCAGCCCCCCAAGACUACCCCUGGGCUCUUCCCAUGAGCAUCAAGAUGGGGGCAAGCGCCGCUGGGAGCACCCUGUCUCUGGCCUGGAAGCACUGGAAACUGAGCAGGACAGCCUACAUCUUUGUCUGCUGGGGUUGAGCUUCCAGCUGCAGGAUCUGGAGCAAGGCCUUGCAUCUUGGACACUGGCUCACAGUAGGAUUGUCCAGCUGCAGGCCCUACAGGCAGAGCUACGAGGGGCAGCCGAGCGUGUGGAGGCAUUGCUGGCAUUUGGUGAGGGGUUGGCAGAGAGGAGUGAGCCCAGGGCCUGGGCAUCUCUGGAGCAGGUCCUGAGGGUCCUUGGAACCCACCGAGACACCAUCUUCCAGCGGCUCUGGCAGCUGCAGGCACAGCUGAUCAGCUAUAGCCUGGUGCUUGACAAGGCCAACCUCCUGGACCAGGACUUGGAAGUCGAGGGAGACUCAGACGGGCCAGCACCUGGUGGAAUCUGGGGGCCCUGGGCACCUAGCACCUUCCUGACUGCUGCCGAGUUGGAAUGGGACCCAGCAGGGGAUGUUGGGGGUCUUGGACCCUCAGGGCAAAAGAUAUCUCGGAUGCCAGGAGCUCCCUGUGAGCUGUGUGGCUACAGGGGACCUCAGGGCAGCGGACAUGGCCUUGAGGACCUGCUCACAUUGGGGCUCAGCCACCGGAAACAUUUAGCAGCUCACCAUCGAAGGCGCCUCCGGAAGCCUCAGGACAAGAAGAGACACGCGUCUCCCAAUCCACCGGAUGUGAUGCUGGAGGUGGAUCAUGGGGUACCUGCUUCUGCACCCAGACGGCCCCUGGCCCUCUUCUUUCUCCUUCUCUUCCUCCUUCUGCUGGGUGCCACAUUGCUGCUGCCCUUGUCAGGGGUCCCCUGCUGUUCCCAUGCCCGACUGGCCAGGACACCCUACCUGGUGCUCAGCUAUGUCAACGGCCUCCCCCCAAUCUGAGUCCACGGCCCAGACGUGUAUUAAAUGAUUGUUUUCCAAA